AUGAUGCAUUGGGAGAUGACCAGAACGCAAGGUUCUGUCUAUAUGGAAUCGUCCAGGCAAAUUGAUGAUCUGUAUCCAGACUAUCAGGCAUUGCGUGUCACUGGUGGUAGUGGUUUCAAUGUGGACGGUCAGCAGGAAUCGAAUCGAAGAACAGUCGAUCAUUGUCCUGCUGACAUCGUCUUAGCACCAUCAGUGUGCUCUUUGACUGAUCUCGAGUACGCCGACGACGCUGUUAUGUCCGCGGAAAGUAGUACGAAACUUCAACAUGGAGACACGGACUACGUCUACUUCCUGAUGAAUGCAAGAUGUGGGUCUCUUCUAAAUCCUCGGCCGGGAUCAGAGUCUACGGACAACCCAUUGAACUUGUAG